AUGUCCCGCAGAGGUGUGGGCAUCGGGGCCUUUGCCAACCGCACCCAAGCAACCCAGUCCUACGCCACUCAUGGCGCCAAUCUGCGCUCGACGCAUACCGCGUCCCUCCAAACCCAACUCUCGGUCUUCCAGUCACUCCUGCACACCUUCGCCCUCGAACACAGCUCAACCAUCAAGUCGAAUCCAACGUUCCGCGCCGAGUUUGCGCGCAUGUGCAACACCAUUGGCGUGGACCCCUUAGCCGCCAGCAACAUCAAGGGCAAGAAUGCCCGCCGACUAGGUGAGGGGGCCAGUUUCUGGACGCAGAUCAUGGGCGGAGAUAUGAACGACUUUUACUUUGAGGUUGCGGUGCGGGUUGUGGAACUGUGUCGAGAGACACGCAGUGAAAAUGGCGGGUUGAUUGGUGUUGAGGAGUGUCGGAAGCGGGUGAGGAAGGGGAAGGCGAUUGGGAGUGGGCUGGAGGUCUCCGACGACGACAUCCUGCGUGCAGUCCGCUCCCUUGAACCGCUCGGCUCAGGCUUCUCCAUCAUCCUUGUCGGCAGCAAGCAGUAUAUUCGAUCGAUCCCCAAGGAACUAAAUACGGAUCAGGCUACUGUUCUGGAAGUAAUCCAGGUGCUGGGAUUUGUGAGCGUUUCUAUGCUGCGCUUGAAUUUGAGUUGGGAGAAGGCUCGGGCACAAACGGUUAUCGACGAUCUUCUUGCCGAUGGUCUGGUUUGGCUGGAUGCCCAAGGACCGGAGAAGGAGUAUUGGUCGCCUCAAAAUCUGCUGGAUGAUAGUGGAUGA